UUGGCACCACGGUCGCAUCAUGAAGCUCCACAUUGUGCUCUUGGUCCUGCUGUUGGGAUGCAGUCUAGGCCUGAUGGCGUACAUUCAGUCCAAGAGGAAACUGGAGGUCCAGCUCAACAAGACCCACUAUUUUGAGCAGAUCAAGCACAAGGUGACCAACGAUGUCUUGGUGGAGUUCAAAGAUCUUUUAUUAGACACCGGCGCACAGCUGGAGAGCACCAAGACGCAGCUGGAAAAGCUCAAGGUGGAGGUACAAGAAGUGCAGAAGGUCGCGGAUAUGAAGAAGGCUGAUGUGGGCACCUGCAAUGAAGAACUGAAAAAGCUACAAGAUCAGGCUGUAGCUGCAUCAAAUGAGAAGACUAAAACUGAAGCCGACUUCAAGAAGAAGACGGGCGACUGGAAGGCACAGAAAGACCAACUCAAAAAGGAAAUGCAGCAACACAGCAUAGUGUGCAGCUACGUCGACAAGACCUCGCCCGAGGGAACGAAACUGUGUGGUAUCGCUCUCGCUGCUCCACCGAACAAUACAGUCAAAGAGGCACCAAAAUCAGCCUGAAAUCAGAAAGGAGACGGCUGGAGCUCCGGACGCUGAUCAGCGGGGGAACGUGUGUGAGCGUGGAGGCUCAUAUACCCACCAUCACCCACCACCACCCACCAUCACCCAUCAUCAUCCACCAUCACAUUUACGUUUACUGCAUUUAACAGACUGUAAAGGGCCCAACAGAGACGACCUGGCAGGUGUGGGGCUUGAACCAGAGACCUUCUUACCUGUUACUGCAAAUAAAUGAAGAAUACUAAAUUAACUA